CACAGGGCGCCGCGAGGGAGGGUGGCAGCGCGGCAGUCAGACGGGCGAGCCGGAGGGAGCGAUGAGGAUCAGCGCCAACGGGAGCCUUCGCGCCCUCGCCUGGGGACCAGCAGCGCGCCCCCUCCCACCGGGACACCCACCGCCCUGCACCCGGGUUCGUGGCCGCUCUGCCGCCGUCGCCUGCUUUCCGGACACAUCUAGCACCCCGCGGCAGCAUUUGAUCUGCUCCUCUAAAACAGACCAUAUCAACUGAACCCUCUUUCUUCCUCCACCAUUGCACCCUUCCAUCUAUUUUCAGUCCUAUUGGGAAGAAAAAGCCAAGAGAAGGAAGACAAACAGCAGAGGAAUACAGCAAUACGUUGCAGAUUUCUGGACAAGUUUCCACGCUUGUUCAUGUUGCAUAGAGCUGCUGGGACUAAUUCAUCUGGCACUCUAGAAACCAUGAAGACCAUCACUCUCACGGACAUUACCUUCCUUUGACCUCGGCCACAUACUCCUAAAGUUUAACGUCAUAUUGAUAGAUAGCGACUUCAAUACCAAGCUGGUUGUCUGGUUGAGAGAUCUCUAGGUACACUUCAACUUGUUAAUAUCCCAUGAAAGCAGCUUGGAUAUUACAGUGUGCAAGGAAAUGAAAAAAACUUCUUUCUUAGUGGAAUAACGCUAGAGUAUAUAUGUGGAUGUUGAUAUCUGGAGAAGAGCAAGACUGGAAUUAAAUCAGACUCGGACUCAACAGCCAUGUCUCUAUUGGGGCCCUCUGAUCCUCUAGUUCUAGGACACAACUAAGCAAAGGGGUAAGUCUUUCAGUCCUCCUUCCUUCGACAACCACAUUUCAGUGAAAGUCUUUGCUAGGACAAUCCUUGGAGCACAGUUGGGUUUCGAUGGUGAACCAUCUCUGUAAACAUUCUCUUCAGAGCUAACUCCAUACAAGAUGGCUGCAGGAGUGGCGGCAUGGUUGCCCUUUGCCCGGGCAGCUGCCGUGGGCUGGCUCCCACUGGCCAAGAAGCCAAUGCCUAAGCCUCCCAUUGACAAGAAGCGCCGCACUGAUGAGAUCCUGGUGGUCAACGUCAGUGGGAGACGUUUCCAGACUUGGAAGAAUACCUUGGACCGUUAUCCAGAUACCCUGUUAGGCAGCUCGGAGAAGGAAUUCUUCUAUGAUGAAGACAGCACAGAAUACUUCUUUGACCGUGACCCAGAGAUGUUCCGUCAUAUCCUCAACUUCUACCGUACUGGCCGACUCCAUUACCCGCGACAUGAGUGCAUACAGGCCUUUGAUGAAGAGCUGUCGUUCUAUGGCAUCAUCCCAGAAUUGAUUGGCGACUGCUGCUUGGAGGAAUACCGGGAUCGCAAAAAAGAGAAUGCGGAACGCCUUGCUGAGGAUGAAGAAGCCGAGAUUGCCACUGACACUGCCUUGCCACCGGACAGCACGUUUCGCCAACGGCUCUGGAGAGCGUUUGAAAACCCCCACACCAGCACCAUGGCCUUGGUCUUCUAUUAUGUGACUGGGUUCUUCAUUGCCGUGUCAGUCAUUGCCAACGUGGUGGAGACCAUCCCAUGCCGGCCACCUCCUGGGAAAAAGAAACAACUGUCCUGUGGAGAACGUUUCCCCAAAGCUUUCUUCUGCAUGGACACGGCCUGUGUCCUCAUCUUCACUUUUGAGUAUCUCAUGCGGCUUUUUGCCGCCCCAAGUCGAUUCAAGUUCAUGAAGAGUGUGAUGAGCAUCAUCGAUGUAGUGGCCAUCAUGCCCUACUACAUUGGGCUGGUGAUGCCAGAGAACGAAAAUGUCAGUGGGGCCUUUGUGACUCUGAGGGUCUUCCGGGUUUUCCGCAUCUUCAAAUUUUCACGCCACUCACAAGGACUCAGGAUCCUAGGCUACACCCUCAAGAGCUGUGCCUCAGAGUUGGGCUUCCUCCUCUUCUCCCUCACCAUGGCCAUCAUCAUCUUUGCCACUGUUAUGUUCUAUGCUGAGAAGGGAACAAAGGAGACCAACUUCACCAGUAUCCCUGCUGCCUUCUGGUACACGAUUGUCACCAUGACCACACUUGGCUACGGUGACAUGGUCCCGAGCACCAUUGCAGGGAAGAUCUUUGGAUCCAUCUGCUCUCUAAGUGGGGUGCUGGUCAUCGCCCUCCCUGUACCUGUCAUCGUUUCCAACUUCAGCCGGAUCUACCACCAGAACCAGCGGGCAGACAAGCGGCGAGCCCAGCAGAAGGUUCGUUUGGCCCGGAUCCGGCUGGCUAAGAGCGGUACUACCAAUGCUUUCCUUCAAUACAAGCAGAAUGGAGGCCUUGAGGACAGAGACCCAGAUGCACAUCCCUUAGCUGUGCGCAACCGAUCAGCCUUUGAACAGCAGCACCAUCACCUGCUGCAUUGCUUGGAGAAAACUACGAGUCACGAGUUUGCCGAUGAACACUCCUACAGCGAGUUCUGCCUGACGGAGCCUCUGGGCUACCGCACGAGCCGCAGCACCUCUCUUUCCUCCCAGCAAGGGAGCAAGAGCGGCCUGAGCACGUCCUGCUGCCCCCGCCGGGCCAAGCGCCGCACCACCCGCCUGACCAACUCCACCAUGACGAUGAGCCGGGCCAGCGCUCAGGAGCUGGACACCCUCAACAGUCAGAAAAGUGCUGCCCCCCAGAGCCGCUCCAACCUGAAUGCCAAGACCUAUGACAACUUGAAGCUGAACUGUGAUAACCCAGACUUCACUGCAGCCAUCAUCUGCAUCCCCACCCCUCCAGCCAACACACCGGAUGAGAGCCAGCCCCCCUCGCCUGGAGGUGGCACCGGUGGACCCCUACGUAAUUCCAGCCCAUACAUACUUCAUGAGACUGUCAAGAUCUCCUCAUUGUAAGAGGAGACUGGGGGUAGGUUGGGGCACUUGUCCUUCCCCCUUCCUCUACCCAGAGUCACCCAUGGCCCUCUGGGUCCUGGUAAUGAGCUGGGGAUGGGCUCUUCUGCACAAGCCUCCACCCCGCUGCAAGGGGAAGAGAUCCAUGGGGUGCCACACUGUCUUUUUUUCCUUUCAGAGGUGAUAUCGGUAGCCACCAAAAGGGGCCACUGGUGAACUAGAGCUUCCAACCCUGUUCAGUUCCUGCCCCCUGCCCUCCCCCAUUGCAACCAAAGCCAUAUAGUAGGGGAGGUGGGUCCCUGAUGCUAUGCAACCACAGGGGGGCUGAGUGUGAUGCAGGGAAAUACUGGAUCCCAAGAAGCAACAUAUUCAAAACAGGAUGGGGACUCUUUUCAAAAUACCAAACCUACUGCCUCCUGUGUUGGGAAGUGGGUAAACGUCUGGGGUGAGCUAGGACUCAUGUGGUUUUGUUCUUUAACUCUGUGACUGAUACAGGGUUUGGAGCAGCCGAGCAACAUAGAUUGGUGUUUUGGGGUUCUAGCUUUUGAAAAGGGGGGAGAGUCUAACAGUGGGAUUACAUUAGUGAGGCAAGGAGACUAAACCAUCUGUUGUAGACUACAUUUGCUGGCAGAAAGGAAAUGGCUAAGAAAUAAGGCUCUUUGAGAUCAUGGAGAUUCCAGUCAAGGAAAUAUUGCUGAGUGUUUGGGGAAGUAUUGUCCAAUGCUUAGAAUAAGGGACUCUAACUGUAUUCCAGCUAAGGCCAAGGUAGCCUAUGGAGAAAGGGAGAAAAAGGAUCAAAUCGGCUAAGCUUCCAACAGUUUUUCAGUCUUUUGCCUCUUUGGGCUGAGACAAGACAUUACUAGGAGGAAUGGCACCUGUACGCCUCUCUUUCCUCUCCCACCCUCUCCCUCAGCCUUUCUUUCUUUCCCUCCAUCCCACGACCUGUUUGGUCUCUAGGAAACUGCACUUUAAAAACAGUCUAUAGCACCCAAACGCAACACCUCGUGGGAACCACAUGCAUCACGCCAGCCUUUCCUGCCCGGGCCACACCCACACACCCCGCGCCCCCACUGCGUCGCCUCAAGACUGUGCAUGAGCAGGAUGCCUCCAUGGGCGGUAUCCUGAGUCCAGAGCUACAGAGCACCAGAAGCAUGAGUAGCUGCCGCCUCCCCCAUUUUCAGCCACCCAGCCGGACUGAAGAGAAUAACGCUGUGAAGAACUCAACCAAAACCUUCGGAGCAGGAGGCAGCCGGUGCUGUUCUCCUCCUCUUCCUUUUCUUUUUCCUCUUCUGGACCAUAUUUUCCUGGUUAUUACAAAUAGUGAGUGAGAAAGAGACUGACUCUUGACAGUAACAUAUACACCUUUCAUUGUCACCUGAGAAGGGACUUGAACAUGGCAGAAAGCAGGCAAAGAACUUUGGAGCAAUAAUGGAUGCCGUUCUAGGUAUCAGGUGGGCCACACAAGUCCUGAAGCAUGCAUCAAAUUGGCUGGCUCUCGGCAUCCUGAAAAAGGUGCUUCUCUUGACAGGAUGGGCCUUUUUUGUUUCAAUCUGCUGUCGCUCUUCGUCUUCAGCUCUCUCACUUUUUAGCAAAUGUGGAUUCCUUCUCCUGACUAUCAGGGAGAAGUAAACAGGGCUUGUUUGCAUAAGAGAGGGAGCUGGCCGUCAUCUGUGAAUUGAGUCUCUGCAGAUGUUGUUCCACUUUAACUCCCCAGUUGUAGCCAGUGUGGCCAGUAGUGAGGCAUGAUGGGAGUUGUAGUUCAGUAAUGUCUGGAGUAUCACAGUUGCUUCAUCCCCGACGUAGGUCACCGACAUAGGUCAGGUGGAUAGGAACACCACCUCAUGCACUUGGACUACUCUUUCAAUAAUUAUUGGCAAUUGCCCAUGCAGGUUGAGGAUGAUGGCACUAUAGUCCAAGAUACCCUGGAAGGCACCAGGUUGCUGUUGGGUUAAAAUGGAGGUCUGCAAGGAUGUUCACUUCCUUUUUGGGAGUGAGAUAGUAGCAGCAUACUCAGGAAUAAGCACAGGGCAACAUACACUGGGAUAACAUUCUUUCAGUAUGAGUCUUCAUCUCUGGCACAGGAGUUGUGAGAUUAUAGAGCUUGGAAAAGUUAGUUUUGGACUUUUUGGAAUUCUUUCCCUAGCUAACAUGGCCAGUUACUUUUCCAUAUUUUGAGUGAAAGCGUGUGCUUGAACGAGAUCCACACUCAAAUAUAGGACAUACGUGAUCUAUCCUUCCCCUUAGUCCAGUUUGACACCCUGGAUUUGCACUUUUUUAACCAAAGUUUUCCUUACAACAAUUAAAUAAAGCAAUAGCUCCAUCUA